AUGGCUUCAUUCUGGCCCUAUUUGGCUUUUUGCCUUUUGACAAUAGUGGAUUCGAAAGUUACGAUUCAAAGACAGGAUACUGCUAUUGCAGAAGUAGAAGAGUACAUAGAAAAAACUAAGUCUCAAAUAAAUCAAAGGUACAGACUGCAUUACCAUGUUGCACCACCUGUGGGGUGGUUGAAUGACCCUAACGGAUUCUCGUAUUACAAAGGGGAGUACCAUAUUUUCUAUCAGUUCUAUCCAUACGACAGCGUAUGGGGCCCGAUGCAUUGGGGCCAUUCUUCUAGUCCUGACUUGGUUAACUGGAAAGUAUUACCAACAGCGUUGGUUCCUGGAAACGAGCAGUGUUUCUCUGGGAGUGCCGUUGUCGACGGAGACAUAUUGACUCUGAUGUACACAGCCCAUGAAAUUAUAGAUAUCGACCCUUAUUACAACGAGAGCCAGUAUCUUGCAUUUAGUAACGACGGAGUCAAUUUUCAGAAAUACGAAGGUAACCCUGUAUUGCCGACAGCGCCUAACGGAUCCCCAGAUUUUAGAGACCCCAAAGUUUGGAGACACGGAGAUUUCUGGUAUGUUGUCAUAGGCAGCAAAACUUUGGAUGAAAGAGGAAGAGUUCUUUUAUAUCGGUCAACUGAUUUAAAGGAUUGGGAAUUUCUGUCUAUUCUUGGAGAAUCAACCGGUGAUUUGGGAUAUAUGUGGGAAUGUCCAGACUUCUUUGAGCUGGAUGGCAAAUAUGUAUUGCUGAUGUCACCUCAAGGAAUGGAACCGGAAGGUGAUAGGUACAAGAACACUUUUCAAACUGGAUAUAUAAUUGGUAGUUUCAACUACGAUACCUUUGAGUUUGUUCACGAAGUACCUUUUCAAGAAAUGGAUUAUGGACAUGAUUUUUAUGCAACACAAACGAUAGACUCAGAUGGAAAGAGGUACGUUGCAGGUUGGUUUGGUAUGUGGGAAGUACCGCACCCCGAAGACGUAGACGGCUGGGCUGGAGCUUUGACUAUUAUUAGAGAGCUAAGACUUGUAGGCGACCGGAUUAUCAUGAAGCCAGUAGAAUCUAUUAUCAGUCUUAGAGAACAAACAUUAUUAGAUGGAGAAUUCCAAGAAGGGGAUGUGAUAGAUUUUGAAAAAACUGGUGAAAUUUUAGUACAGGGCAAUUUAGAAAAUAAAAUUGAAUUGUUACUCGAAGGUCGGGAGGGUGGCGGUAAAGUUUGGUUGAAAUGGGACCCGGAUGUCAGAAAAGUUGUAGUAGACAGAGGAUCUGGUGACGUAAGGCAGGUAGAAUGGAACCCUUUGGAUUCUACAUCAUGGCGAGUAUUUCUGGACGCGAGUUCACUGGAAUUAUUCUGUGGUGAAGGUGAAGUGGUCUUUAGUAGCCGAGUUUACCCUGAUGGAGGUUGGAGGUUGACAAAUCAAAGUCCUCAAACAUUGAAUAUUAAAUUAUAUCAUUUAAAAAGGAGUGUUCCUGUGUAACUGCACACACACUUGAUGUUUAUAUAUUUUUUUUAAUAAAACAUUUAACCAAAUAAUACUCUUAAAUAAAUAAUACUUUAGUUUACCCUACUUACAUGGGUACUACUUAAUUUUAAACUUUCUCGUUGUUGACACAAAUUUUAAAUGCCGGACGGCCAUGCAAAGCCGGGUCGGGUCGUUAGAUAUUCAUUAUUAUUUGGAAUAUUUGGAAAUCUUAAAUAAUCAAAUAGCCUAUUCGAUUUCUUUCUAAAAUAUACUAAAAAUAUUGGCAAUAUAUUUAAAAAUCCAAUUUACGAUCGUCUUUUGUCUGGUAUGCGAGAUUCUAAUUGAGGCAAUAAAUUCCUUUUCAUUAAUCCCCUUGCGGCUAAAUCUGAGAACAUUGAGGGGUACAGAGGACAUUGAGAUAUAACCGUUUGUAAUCUGGUCGCUGGUGACCCAUAGAUACCUCGUUACUACACCAAUUCCGAUAAUUAAAGUCUAUAUGGGAUUAAUGAAUCCAAUUAUAAUGUUGCGGUUUGGGAUUGUGAGGUGAGCGUGUAUAGUUAUGUUCAUAACGUAAAGACAAUUAUAUACUCGUAUAUCGUACAUAUUGUUAAUGAUUUUAAGGGUUCCGUACCAAAAAGGUACAAAGAAAUCCUUAUUUUGCGACUUUGUCUAUCCGUCCGUCUGUUAAAGAGUUAUAUCUCAACUAACAAUGUUAUUAAUUUGCAAUUUAGAAUAAUUUUACAUAUUAUUGGUUCGCACACAAUGCAAUGUAAAUAAUUGAAAAAAUAUUUUUAUUUUCUUUACUAGCGGAUCCGAAACAGAUAUUCAAAAUUUCAAAAUUGACCUAUUGGUCUAAAUGAGGUAUUACACGAAAGGGCUUCAUUUGUACAUUUUAAAACUGAUUUUUAUUUAUUUUUAUUUUAUUAUUAUCAUAUAAUUCGUCAACUGUUAACAUAGGUAAAAGGCGUGAAUUUACUGGGUACAGAGGAAUAACACCUGAGUCCUCAGGAACGGCAACGCAUGGGGGGUAUCAUGGGUGAAACAGUAUAGUCUGCUAUGUCCAUGGUACUGCUCAUGUCUAUAGGCGACGGUUACCACUUUCCAUCAGGUGGGCCGUCAGCUUGUUUGUCAUUCUAAGUUGCAUAAAAAAAAAAAAAAAAAAAAAAAAAGAUCUCCCCCUUGGGGGUAGCCAGUAAUUGUCACGCUUGGCAGGCGGGUUGUCAAGGUUAGGCUUUGGCGAAGUUUUAAGAGGGACACUGCUGCCUAUCCGUCGAUCAUUAAGUUCCCUUAUUCAUGUCUUACGACAUCCAUUGGAAAGGAAGGGGUGGCCCAGCAUUUAUUUUUAUACUGCGUAGUUUUUUAGUUAUGGUCUAUCUCUGAAGUUCCUGGAGCUGAUCAUCAUUUCAGCCAUUAUGCGUUCACUGCUGGAGAUAAUCCUCCCCCAUACACUGCAAUAAGGAACGCUUCUGACCCACCUACAUUCAUUGACUUUCUGUAAUGCAUUUCAGGUCGUCACUCCAUCUAGUGUCUGAAAUAAUUAAUGCAUAUAGAGGUAUACGCAUAUGUGAAUGUUAUAGAUAAAUAAACUAAAAUAAUAAAGCCAUUUUUGAGAAGUUAUUAAAAAUAAAAAUCAAAGAAAAACAACUAA